AAAACCUUCAGAUAUCCUUACUCACAUUUGCCUCAGCACUCUCAAUAUUCAACCCUUUUGGCAUUGUUUCCACCCUUGGUUAACCUUGAGACUAUAUUUAAUUUGUACACUAACAUAGUAGCAUAAUGGAUACGGUGACACAAUUAGCAUCAGAGAGGCCAGUGGUGAUCUUUAGCAAAAGUUCAUGCUGCAUGAGCCACACCAUCAAAACCCUUUUUGGUGACUUUGGAGUGAAUCCAAAUGUUCAUGAACUUGAUGAGAUGGCAAGAGGGAAAGACAUUGAGCAAGCUCUUUCAAGGCUAGGGUGCAGCCCUUCCGUGCCAGCUGUGUUCAUUGGUGGUGAGCUUGUAGGUGGAGCCAAUGAAGUCAUGAGCCUUCACCUAAACAGGACCUUGAUCCCAAUGCUCAGGAGAGCAGGAGCUAUUUGGGUUUGAGAAACUAGUUAUUCAUGAUUUUCUCAUC